GUGCGUGGAUUACUCGGCUUUUCACUGACACACACAAUCAGCUCCAUCCAGUGCCCCUGUGCCUCUCUGAGACAGACAUGCCUGCAGCUCAGAGGUUCAUCCUGAUUGGCUGUCUGCUGCAAGGGGUCCUGAGCAGUGAGUGGGCAGUCUGGAUGCCUCAGAGUAUAGAAGCUCUGAGUGGAUCCUGUGUGCUGAUUCCUUGCAGAUUUCAGCUUCUGUCUGGGUGGGACAGAGACUUACACCGUCCUGCUGGAGUAUGGAUGAAAGGCGGGAAGAAUAGGAAUGGGGACACAGUGUUCGAUUCCAGCCGGACUUGGAAUCGUGUUAAAGGAGAGAUAACUGGAGACUUGCUACAGAAGAACUGCACCACAGUUCUGGACAACAUCCCAGCAGAUUACAGUGAUGAAUACUUCUUCAGACUGGAGUGCCCCACUGCUCUCAAAUGGACUUUUCAACCAUCUGUCCAGAUUAAUGUCAGAGACUCUCCAUCUAAACCCAAGUUAACCCCAGUGAAGGUGGAGGUGACAGAAGGGACCUCUGUGAGUUUGACCUGCUCUGCUGCAGCCCCCUGUCCCAAACUCCCCCCAACUCUGACAUGGACCCCCAGACUGAAUGACAGUGUGGAUCAACUGCAGGAGAAUGAGGAUCAAACCAAAUCUGUGUCUUCUGUUCUGACCUUCACUGCUUCACACCUCCUCCAUGGGCAGAAGAUCAGCUGCACUGCACUUUACAAACUGCAGCAAGGAGACGGAGAGAAGCGCUCUAAAAGGGCUCAGAUUCUUGAUAUUCUGUCGAGUCCCUCUGGGUCAGUGAUGCUGGGCAGCUCUGUGACUCUGACCUGCAGCAGUAAUGCCAACCCACCAGUGCAGAAUUACACCUGGUAUAAAGUGGAUGGGACAGAGAUGCAGACUGUAGGGUCUGGACAGAAUCUCACCUUCAAUGAGACUGAGCCCAGUGACAGUGGACAGUACUACUGUGAAGCACAGAAUGACCAUGGCAUGGAGAACUCAACAGUCAGUCUGGACAUUGAAUAUGGCCCACGGAACACCAGCAUCACAGUGACCCACUCAGGUGCCAUUCUGGAGGGACACAAUGUGACCCUGAACUGCAGCAGUGACGCAAACCCGCCUGUGACCAGUUACACCUGGUUCACAGUGAUGCUGGGCAGCUCUGUGACUCUGACCUGCAGCAGUAAUGCCAACCCACCAGUGCAGAGCUACACCUGGUAUAAAGUGAAUGGGACAGAGAUGCAGACUGUAGGGUCUGGACAGAAUCUCACCUUCAAUGAGACUGAGCCCAGUGACAGUGGACAGUACUACUGUGUAGCACAGAAUGACCAUGGCAUGGAGAACUCAACAACAGUCAGUCUGGAUGUUAAGUACCUGCCUCAGAUCUCUACCUCCCAGAGCUGCAUCAUAAGUGCAGCAGGGAUCAGCUGCUCCUGUGAGAGCCGUGGGAAUCCCUCUCCCAGCAUGGAGUGGCGUGUGUCUGGAGUGCGGGUCACUAACUCUACUGACAGAGUCAUCAGGGAGGAGCAGCUGGGGAGCGCUGGCCUGAGGAGCUCCCUCACCAUGCGCCACUCACAGGGAGACACGCCCUCUCUUCUCUGCCUCAGCACCAACACUCUCGGCUCCUCCAGCCUCCAGCUCCACCUCCCGUGUCCAGAGACUCACUCAGGUGUCCACAUUCCCACCCUGCUGACUGGGGCGGCGGCCGGCGCUGCUGCUGUGACGCUCCUCUGUCUCUGUUUGCAGUUGGUUUUCAGGAAGAAGAAAGGCAGGCAGUCAUCCAGUGGGGGUAUGAUGGACACUGUGGAGCUCAUACAGCCUGCUGGGGGUCUCCCUCAAGAGGAGGAAUCUCUGUAUGCCAAUAAGACUAUGCUGUCAGAGCUCCCGGAGACAGAGGGGGACCAGACGACCCUUCACUACACCACUAUAGAUUUCUCCAAACUCUGCAGCCAAGGAGCUACAGCAGAGCCAGGGCUCAUCCGAGGCAGUUUGGAAAGAACGACAGAGUACGCCGUGAUCAACCACAGAUCCACGAGUAACGGUGGGGCUGAAGGGGGCACAGGAGAGGAGGAGGGGGAGUACGCUGUGGUCAGGAGGGCCAAGCCUGGGGGGAGCAUCACAGCCAAGUCCAAGCGGGAGAGGGAGAGGCCGGAGGCGAAGGAGGAGCCCAGCCAGGCGGCGGGGUGCGACCUCAGCCUCCAGGCUUCAGUGGAGGCCCAGAGCAGCCAAACUGAGGCGGAUGCAGAGUGGGAGACAGCCAACGAGAGAGGGGCGUCCCAACCAGCCAGUCCACCUGCAUCAGAUGAAAUUGAGCAGGAGGUAGCCUAUGGGAACAUCUGCCGCUCCCAGUCCGCUAUGGCAACAGAACGGGAACAAACAGAGCCGUGCCAGAGCCCUGGAGGGAAGGAGAGCCGCAGGGAGGGGGAUUCAGGGAGGGAGCAGGAGGACUUGUAUGUGGAUGUCAUGAGCCCACUCACAGCAAAAGCUGUGGCAACGUAGAGCGGGCAAC